UGCGCAUUCUGACUUCAGUCCAGCCGACGGUUUCAACCUGUCAGGUCGUCGUACAGGUGCUGGCAGGCGUGCAGAAUAAUAGAAUCGUUUCGUCGAUGCGAUCGUUUUUCCCUCCUAUAUUUUUUAUUAUUUACUUCGUACACUUUCGACGAGUUUAUUGUUUGUCUAUCGAUCGAUUGAUCGGUCGGUAGGACGGUCUGUUGUUAAUCGCUCGGGAAAAAUCGGUUCGAUGAAAAAUUUUUAAAUCGAUAAAACAUCGGAGUGAACUAUUUCUAGGAGAAGAGAGUAUAUGUCAGUGAAUAGAGAGGACAUCAUCCUCUCUGUUUCUCUAUAUCUCUCUUUCUCAUAUUUUCUGACACAUACGCAUACGAACGAACGAACGAACGAACGAACGAACGAACGCACUCACGCACGCACGCUCUUCUUCUUCUUCUUCUUCUUCUUCUGUCUGGGAGUGUUAACAAGGGCGUGCUCCAGGGCCAAGAUAUAUAUGGAACUACCCCAUGGAUAGUAACAUGUCUACUGCCGCCUUCAUGCACCGGCUUUUCUCGCUUCGCGAGUUCUACCUCGUUCAAUUCUAUUCGAGACCGGUCCCCGGCCUCCUCGUGCAUGCCGUGAAAUUAUCAUAGACCGUGGACGGAAUUGAAACCUUCCCCCUUACCUCCCCAUUAGUUCCCCCCUUUCUUCCACUCCCCUGUAUUUUCUAUACUAGUCAGGACCCCUGUUAUUAUUACACUUACACGCGUAAGCGAUGCAUACGCGAAUGGAAUGCAAAUAAGAAGAGGAACGAGCUACGAUGCAUUCUAAUAAUGGAUCCGGUGGCUCAUCCAGCGCGUCUAGUGCUGGAACGGGAUCAUCGAACGGUGCAGGUCCUGGAAAUCCGGUGGGAGGCGGCAGAAUGGCCGUCAUCGGUGUUACCAGGAACGUUAGAUUGAGACGUCGAGGUGCAUCCGGUUUCGGCUUUUCAUUGAGAGGUGGUAGAGAAUACGCGGCUGGAUUUUACAUCAGUAACGUUCAACCUGGUGGCGAAGCUCAUAGAAAUGGAUUAAGGGUAGGAGAUCAAAUCCUCAGGGUAAAUGGAUAUCCGGUUGAAGAUGCCGUGCAUCAGGAAGUUGCACUUUUGGUGAAAAAUCAGCAGGUCCUCGUACUGAAAAUCCGAAGCGUAGGGAUGAUACCGGUGAAAGACAAUCCAAACGAUCCGGUUACCUGGCACAUGGUGCAACAGCAGCAACAACAGCUGCAGUACAACGAGACUGGUGUGGGAGCCGUUCCAAACAGUGAAGUUAGAAUUCGAAUACUCGUCGGUGAGAAAGGUCGCCUUGGCUGUGGUGUUUGCCGAGGCAUCGUACCUGGCCUCACCGUUCAGGGUACAAGGGAAGGUGGACCUGCUCGAGCAGCUGGCUUGAAAGCUGGUGACGUGAUCGUUUGGUGCAAUGGACAACGAUUGACGGAUCUUCCAUUUGAAAGAGCCAUAGAGGUAAUGAGAGGAUCGGCUGUCCUUGAUCUGAUCGUUCAACGACCACCACCCAAUCAUCUCUACGAUUGCCCGGAACCACUCUGGACUCGAGGUUCGAGCGGUUAUGAUUCCGAAACUUCGAGCAUUGUUGCGACCAGUCCGUCGCCUUUACAAAAUCCUUCCUCGUCUCCUCAACAUCAUCGAGAUCCUAGAAUGCAAACACGAUAUCCGCGAGAAGAUAACUGCAAUCGAAACGGCAGGAUCUGCUGCCCCCUCGCACUGUCCACCAGCAGCUGCACUUCUUCCGAAUGGUCUCACGUGGAUCAGGCACAAGAAUGGAUACGAAAAGCGAAUAACACGACUGUCAUUCGUGUGAACCAGAAUCAGGGGCUAGUGCAGAAUCAAAAUCACAGACAAGUACCACCGGGUCAUCGUCGUUUGAAUUCCCGUGGGAAUUAUGAAGAUGAGAUCGACAAUGAGCCACUCUACGAUCCUGUAGCGCCAAGGAUCGAUUACGAGGUACACGAUUUCGAUGCAAAUCCAAGGGACGAAGCCAAUCGUCGUUUAGCCUAUCGACGCGACAAUAUCAGACAACAGGAUGUCAUUUACGAUGGCCCUGCGGACGAAUUGCCCCUUUAUCAUGCUUCCAAGGAAAACGAGCAGCACGAUGUUAAUCGAUUGGCAGAACUGCAAUUGGUACAGAGACAGACCGAAACGGAGAGGAAGACGAUAACGACUGUGGAGGUUCAUCAAUCCAUUUGUCCUCCGGCUCCUCCACCACCUCUUCCAUAUAAAUGGCCAGCAGACGCUAAGCCUAUGAACGCGAUGGGAAUGCAAAUGGGUAGCACAAUGUCGAUGGGUAGUACAGGAUCAACGGAAACCGAAUCCAGUCUUGAGUCUUCCUGCAGCAAGGAUUCAGCAUCAACUUCCUCGUCUUUGUCAACGUCGUCCUGCGAGCCACCUUCUUCUACUAUUUCCUUUGGUUCAACCACUGCCGCAUCCACUGGAUCAAACAAGACCAACGAAAGCCCGUCAAUUACUACGCGUGGAUCGAAUUUACGAACAUCGCCUAUAGCCAGCACAGAUCUAAGCACUGCCAUAACUCAAGAAUUACAAAGGCGAGCUCAACAGAGAAGUAUGAACGCAGCUAAAGCGGAAGCUUCGAAGGACAAAACAUCUGAACCUCGGAAAGUACCAAAUCCAGAAGUACUUAGGGCGCAAGAACAAAAAGUGACCCACGACAAGUUAAUGGAAGAGUUUAAGCGAGCGCAUCGAAAGAUGUUCAAUGCCGCACAGCAGAGGGUCCAAUUUUCAGAUCAAGUUACCGAGCCGGAACAGGAGAAGAGGGUGCUCGCAAAUGGCUCCAACACUACGAAUUCUACUAAUGUAAGCAACACGACAAACGCAACGAAUACAACGAACAAUACGAAUACAACGAGCAAUACGAAUAACAACACAACGUCGGCUCCACCACCAGCUCCUCCGCUUCCUUUUCCAACAAAAACUACGACGAGCGAGGACUCCGUGGAGAUGCAAAGUAUCGAAUCGUUUAAAUUGAAAGACACACCAAAUCCAGUGAUACCUAAACCACCACCGACUUACUUCCCCCUUUCGAAUUCUUCCUCACCUGGAUCUAAUGGGAGUCCACGUCACGCUGCUACCGGAAACAAGACGCAGGUAAUAAAAGAAAAGGAUCAGUCAACGAGUCCUGCUAACGAGACGAAUAAAAAUUCCACUACAAACAACAAUGCUGUCUCGCCAAAUGGUACUGCCGGUCCACCUAAGCCAACCGUUGGAAAGGUCGCCAUUAGGAUAGGUGCUUACGAAGGUGAAGCUAAACAACCUGCCAAGCUUGAUUUCUUAGCGCAACAACCUCGAACAGAGAAGAAUGGAACCGAGGAAGCUAACGGACCGGUUGUAUCCAGACUCCAAAACGAACUGGCUGCUACCUUGCAGAGAUCUAACCUACGAAGGAAGACGGAAGGAGAGAAUCAAACGACUGCCAAGUCAAUACCAGAGAAUACGGUGAUGUCCGAGAAGGAAACAACGAAUCUAGAACCCAACAAGCUUCCCCAGAGCACCGUAGAAAAAUUAGCCUCGGCAUUAGGCAACAAAGUAACGAUCAGAAUAAAUCCUGAGGAUGGUAGCCGAUAAAAGAAUAUAUUAACGUAUAUAAAUAUACAUGCAUAUCGCGGAGCUCUUGAGACUUUGUACAUUUUUUUCCACCUCGUUUCAGUAUACCUGAUUCGACUUUAUUAUAUAGAUAUAUGGAGAAGAAACGAAAGAAAAAAAAAAAAAAAGGCGCUCCACCGAAUCGGUGAACAUCUUUUUUACGCAUAUGUCUUUUUUAUAUGUUAUUUAUUACCAAUAUCGUAAUAACGAAUAAGGAAUGAAAUAUUAAUCCUUAUUAAUCGAGGCUCGAUACCGCGUGGAACACCAUUUACCGCACACGCUAGGUUCAUGCCUUUAAAUAUAGUCUUCUUCGACUGCGGCUAUGUACGAAACUUAGACUAAGUAUCAAACUAAAUAAAGGCGUUUUAACGUAUCACGAAAAUAAA